UGAUUUUAGUGUAUAUGAACUCUCUAUAAUAUACACAACACAAAUAAAUCAGGCUCCUAUUUUGGAUCUCAAAACAUAUUACUCUGUAAAAACAUACUAAGAAUUUAAAUAUAAAUAUAUAUUUGAUGUACAUAAAAGAAAUUAGGAGUGUGCAUACACUUGCAAAUACUCCAUCCUCCGCUCGCGAUGCCAACCUCGCCAUCGCCGCCCUCUCCCGCGCCGGAAACCUCUCCGCCGCCCGCAAACUGUUCGACGAAACGCCCGCAAAGGACGUCGUCACGUGGAACACUCUGCGCUCCGCCUACUGGCGAAAUGGCUUCCUCCAACACGCCACGACGCUCUUCCACUCCAUGCCGCUCCGCAACGUCGUCUCCUGGAACUCCAUGAUCGCCGCCUGCGUCCGAAACGGCGACCUCCGCCAAGCGCUCCGCUACUUCGCCGCCGCGCCGGAGAGGAACGCCGCCUCCUACAACGCCGUCAUCUCCGGGCUCGCGCGGCUCGGGCGCGUGGCGGAGGCGCGGAGGCUCUUCGAGGAGAUGCCGCGCCCGAACGUGGUGUCGUACACCGCCAUGAUGGAGGCGUACGCGAGGGCGGAGGGCGGGAUUGGGCGCGCGAGGGCGCUGUUCGAGGCGAUGCCGCGCCGGAACGCCGUGUCGUGGACGGUGAUGAUUAAUGGUUUGGUGGAGAACGGGUUGUGCGAGGAGGCGUGGCGAGUGUUUGCGAGAAUGCCGCAGAAGAGUGACGUUGCGAGGACCGCUAUGAUUACUGGGUUUUGUAAGGAAGGAAAAAUGGAAGAGGCAAGGGCUUUGUUUGAAGAUAUUCGAUGCAGAGAUCGCGUUUCUUGGAAUAUAAUCAUAACGGGUUGUGCCCAAAAUGGGAGAGGGGAAGAGGCACUGAACUUGUAUUCACAAAUGAUCAGAACUGGUAUGCAACCAGAUGACUUGACUUUUGUGUCAGUUUUCACUGCCUGUGCAAGUCUUGCAUCGCUUGAAGAAGGAAGACAGGCGCAUGCUCUUGUAAUUAAGCAUGGCUUUGGUUCAGAUUUGUCUGUGAGUAACGCCCUGAUUACUAUGCACAGCAAGUGUGGUGGAAUUGUUGAUUCUGAGUUAGUUUUUGGACAAAUUUCCCAUCCAGACCUCAUUUCAUGGAACACUAUCAUUGCUGCAUUUGCACAGCAUGGUCUCUAUAACAAAGCAAGCUCCUACUUUGACCAGAUGGUGACAUACGGUAUUCAACCCGAUGGCAUAACUUUUCUGAGUUUACUAUCUGCGUGUUGUCGUGCUGGGAAGAUUGAUGAGAGCAUGAAUCUGUUUAGAUCGAUGGUUCAUAAUUAUGGUAUUCCACCAAGGUCUGAACACUAUGCAUGCUUAGUCGAUGUGAUGAGUCGAACAGGUCAAUUGCAGAGAGCUUGCAGAUUAAUUGACGAAAUGCCAUUCAAGGCAGAUUCCAGCAUCUGGGGUGCUGUGCUUGCAGCCUGUAGUGUUCAUUUAAACGUGAAAUUGGGGGAAUUGGCAGCUAGAAGAAUUUUGAAUUCGGAUCCUUAUAAUUCUGGUGCCUAUGUUAUGCUGUCUAAUAUAUAUGCUGCUGCUGGCAAGUGGAAGGAUGUCCAUAGAAUCAGGGUUCUGAUGAAAGAGCAAGGAGUUAAGAAACAAAGAGCUUACAGUUGGUUGCAGAUUGGAAACAAAAUCCAUUGUUUCGUUGGAGGGGAUCCAUCACAUCCUAAUAUUAAGGAUAUUCAUGUUGCUUUAAGGAGGAUAACAUUACAUAUGAAGGUAAAAAGUGUCUAUGAAGAAAUUUUCUUGUAAAAGGCUGCGAGCAAGUUGUGAAGAUAUAUAUUUUAAGUGAUUUCUGCUGUGCCUUGUUAUUUUAAUUUGCACGGGUAUAUUUCUACGUCAGGCUAAUUAUUUAGAGACAAUUAGCAAAUUUUUUACACGUAA